UACUAAAUCGCAUUCGUCGACAUAACUCCUCACAUUAUAAAAUUAAUAAAAUUACCAUAAUAACUCUAAUUAAACACAGUACAAACUCUAAAUAUGUUUUCUAAGUUCCUAAAAUUGUUAAAAAGUGCGUGAAAACAAAAAGUGAAUCAAAAGUUUUUAUCGAAAGUUUAAAAUGGCUUGAACGUGACGGAACCUGCAUUCAUUUCAUUCUAUAGUUUUAUACUUUAGCUUUUAGUUUCACCCAAGUUUUUUCACUUUGUGGCAACUGCGGCGACAAUUUCGCGCAUCGCUGAAUCAAGUGUGGUUGGACUUUACUUGUGAAACUGUGAAAAAGACGCGGAAUCAGCAGAUUUAACGCAGGGAAUGCAAAAGAACUGUCGAAGAAAGAGAAUUUGAAGCGAGACCGUGACUAAAUUACCUUCCAAAGUGGACUGAACUGUACGAAGUAAAUCGAAAUUAAAAUUCUGGCGACUUAUAACAACCACUGCGUCAGUUAGUUAACGUCCGUCGCGCAGAAUGCAUCGCAUAAAAAGCAAAUUAACUUCAACUACCUCCACGCAUGCAGCAACAAUAGCAAUCAUCGUUUUGUGGGCGACAUUAUUAAGUUGUGAAUGCAGCGGUGUGAAACAAUACAGAAAGGUUGUUGAGCCGGAACAAUGUGAUGUUGAAGGAAAACUUUGUUCACCGCCAAAUACCAAUGAAAAACGGGAAAAUUUAUAUAAAAAUCAAGAUGAAAUUAAGUUGGAAAAACCUGUGAAACCUUAUGAAAAAGAUGACAUUCUAGUCUUCACGGUCGCUACAGAAUACACAGAUGGCUUCCAGAGGUACUUACACACCGCGGCGGAAUACGGUAUCAAACCGGAAGUCCUCGGCAUGGGCGAAAGGUGGCUGGGCGGUGAUAACAUCCGCCUGGAAGCCGGCGGCGGAUGGAAAGUCAAUUUACUUAAACAAGCCCUGGAAAAAUACAAAGACGAUGAGGAGAAAAUUAUUUUAUUCACUGAUGGAUAUGAUGUGAUUUUCCUAUCAGACCUCGCCAGUAUUUAUGAAAAAUUCCAAUCAACAGGCGCACGUGUAUUAUUCGGGGCGGAAACAGCCUGCUGGCCAGAUAAAUCUCUCGCUGAUAAAUACCCAGAAGUGACUGUAGGAAAACGUUUCCUUAAUUCUGGUUUAUUCAUUGGUUAUGUCAAAGAAAUACUCAAAUUAUUAAACUAUGACACAAUUAAAGACAAAGAUGAUGAUCAGUUGUUCUAUACCAACGCAUAUUUGGAUGAAAAACUGCGAGAGGAGUUAAAAUUCCAGUUGGAUCAUAAAAGCAACAUUUUUCAGAAUCUUAAUGGCGCCAUUAGUGAAAUUCAACUUAAAAGAAUCGAUGCCGAUGAAAAAGAACAAUCUACAACCAUUUAUGAAUUCAACAACUUCUUAUCAUCUACACAACCGUUGAUUUUACACGGGAAUGGUCCAUCUAAACUACAUUUGAAUGCUUAUGCAAAUUAUGUUGCAAAAGCAUGGACUCCGGAAGAUGGAUGCCGCCAUUGUGAACUUGAGACUAUUGAUGUUGACAAAAUAGCGGAAGAAGAGUUGCCUAUCGUUUACUUGGCAUUGUUUGUUGAGGAAGCGACGCCAUUUUUGUUGGAACAAUUGCAGAAAGUAGUAAAGUUGGAAUAUCCUAAGAAAAGGAUGCAUUUCUUCAUCCAUAAUAAUGCAAAGUAUCACAACAAAUUGAUUGAAGAGUUUAGUGAGAAACAUAAAGACGAAUAUUUAUCAUUCAAACAAAUAACACCUGAAGAUGGAACAAAUGAAUGGACAGCAAGAGAUUUAUCACUGGAUCAAUGUGUGGCCCGAAAAUGCGAUUAUUACUUCUCUGUGGACUCCAUCGCACACUUAGACAACCCAUUCACCCUAAAAUUAUUAAUCCAACAAAACCGCACCGUGGUUGCCCCAAUGCUCUCCCGCCCCGGAAAAGCAUGGAGUAACUUCUGGGGAGCACUCACCACAGACGGAUUCUACGCAAGAUCAAAUGAUUAUCUAGACCUAGUCCACUUUGACCGCAGAGGAUUAUGGAACGUACCUUUCAUCGCACACUGCUAUCUCGUGAAGGGUUCCCUGCUGCAGCGUUAUGACAGAACAAAACUGCAUUUCUCGCGGAAAAACAUCGAUGCUGACAUGUCUUUCUGCGCGAAUUUGCGUGACCUGGAUGUGUUUAUGUUUGUCAGUAACCGAGUAGACUUCGGCCAUCUUGCUAAUCCUGAAACGUAUGAUACAGCUCUGUCUGUUCCGGAUAUGUAUCAAAUUUUCGAGAAUCAAAAAGACUGGGAAGAGAGAUAUAUUCAUCCAGAUUUCGCUGAAAAUCUCAACCCGGAAAAGAAACCAGCGCAGCCAUGCCCUGACGUCUACUGGUUCCCAAUUGUAACAAAACAAUUCAAUUCCGAUCUUAUUCACAUGAUGGAGUCAUUCGGGAAGUGGUCCGAUGGAAGUAGCAGUGAUUCUAGGUUAGAAGGCGGGUAUGAAGCAGUACCCACAAGAGAUAUUCACAUGAACCAAGUCGGAUGGGAACGCCAUUGGCUCUAUUUCCUUCAACAAUAUGUACGUCCUCUUCAAGAACAUGUUUUCACCGGAUAUUUUCACGAUCCACCUAGAUCGCUGAUGAAUUUCGUGGUAAGAUACAGACCUGAUGAGCAGCCAUCUUUGAGGCCACAUCAUGACAGCUCCACUUACACUAUCAACAUUGCAUUAAAUGAACGCGGUGUGGAUUACGAAGGUGGCGGCUGUCGCUUCAUCAGAUACAACUGCAGUGUGGUUGAUACCAAACCCGGAUGGUUGUUGAUACAUCCGGGUAGACUGACGCAUUACCAUGAGGGUUUACUGGUCACCAAGGGGACCAGGUAUAUCAUGAUCUCUUUUGUUGAUCCGUAAACACAGAAGGGUUCAUUUUAUAAGCAUAUAUUACCAGAGUUUGGUGCAGUCAAGUACAAAACGCGACAGAAAUGUAUUUUUUCGACAUUUUCAUUGACGGCAAUACUAACAUUGUGCAAAUUGAUUUUUAUAUACAGAUUUUUAUUAAUGUAGAUGUUUUUGUAUGGAGUUUGUUCCUAAUUUGAUUAAAUAAAGAUAAACCAAUAAA